GAUAUGAUUAAUACUCAAGUGAAUAACCAAGGGACUAUUUUCCUACUCGUGCCUCGUCUGCUGUUAUAUUGUGGUAUAAAAUCAUGUCGCAAGAUAGAGCUAGUUGAAAACUUAACCCUAAAAAAUCGUCUUUUUUGAGUAGCUUGUCGUUCCAUUUCAGUUUUCAUGUAUUACAUGAAUAAUAGAAAUUGCCAAAAUGACACCGAAAAUUUUAAUAUUAUACGGAAGUGAAACUGGAACGGCUCAGGACGUGGCAGAACAAAUUUGGAGAGAUGCCAAGAGAACUGGUGUGGACUGUACUGUAAUUUCAAUGGAUGAUUAUGAUAUAAAAAAUUUGAUUUUUGAACGAAUAGUUAUAUUCGUUGUCGCCACAGCUGGUCAAGGUGACCCACCUACAAAUAUGAAAAAAUUUUGGCGCUUUUUACUGAGGAAAAACUUACCAGCAAACUCGUUGCACAACAUGUAUUACGGGGUAUUAGGACUGGGAGAUAGUUCCUAUGUCAAGUACAACUUUGCUGCGAAAAAAUUAAGUAAAAGACUAGCUCAGUUAAGUGGAACAGAAAUUCUAUCCACCGGAUUGGCCGACGAUCAACACGAUCUUGGUAUUGAUGCUGUCACAGUACCGUGGAUCGCAGAAUUAUGGACUAAUUUAUCUACAUUAUUUGAUAUUCCUACAAGAAUUCCAAUGAAUGAUAAAAAUGACAUAAUCACCAAAUUUAAUGUCUGUGUCAUUGAUAAUUGCAGCUCCGUUACUGCAGAAGAUGCGCAGUCAUGCAACGAUAUAUAUAGACACGAAUUAUGCAUGAAUGAUAAUACCAUCAAUGUUGGUAGAAUUAUUGAAACUACUAGAACAACUUCAAUCGACCAUUUUCAGGAUGUUAGAUUACUGAAAUUUCAUGUCGAAAAUGCCAAGUAUGAAUCUGGGGAUGUUGUUUACCUGCGGCCAAAGAACUCUGCUGAAAAAGUACAACAGUUUUUUGAUGUAUUAAAAAAUAAUAGAGUUUAUUUACAUCAGAAUACAACUGUCAUUGUAAAUCCUUCAGAAAUUCAAAUUCCCAGUGUGUUGAGGCAAAAAUUAACUCUGGGACAAAUCGUGGGACAAUAUUGGGAUUUGAAUUAUAAGCCAAGAAAAUAUGUGAUGGAGAUCUUAAGUCUAAUAACUGAAAGUGAAUUAGAGAAGGAGAAAUUGAUAGAAUUCACCACACCCAAUGGGCAAGAAGAAUUGUACAACUAUGUUAAUAGGCCUAGACGAAAUAUUGUUGAAGUUCUAAAUGACUUUCCAAAUGCCACAAAGAACUUGAAUAUUCAAUUAUUAUUCGAGAUUAUGAGCCCAAUAAAACCAAGAGCAUUCAGCAUUGCAUCUAGCUUGAAACACACGCCAAAUGAAAUUGAUAUUUUGGUCGCUGUUGUGAAGUACAAAACGAAACUUGUUGAGCCUAGGCUGGGUUUGUGCUCAAAUUGGCUUGCCAGUUUGAACCUAGGCGACGAAACCACGCUUUGGGUUCAAAAAGGAACUUUUAACUUCAAUUACUCUAAACCAACCAUUUUGAUUGGCCCUGGCACUGGUAUUGCACCAUUCAGAGCAUUUCUAUUAGAAAAAAAAAGCAUGACAAACGACUUAUCGGACUGUCUCCUUUUUUUUGGAUGCAGAAACCAACUUAAGGAUUACCACUGUAAAAAAGAUUUCGAAUUGAUGAUAGAAAGUAGCAACUUGAAAAUGUUUUGUGCGUUCUCAAGAGAUCAUGAUCAUAAAAUAUACGUCCAGCACAAAAUACGCGAGCAUGGGAAUAUUUGUUGGCAAUUCCUUGAAAACGAGGCAAAUAUUUAUUUAGCUGGCACUGUACCAGUACGACUUUCUCCAGGAUGGGAGGGUACGGGUAGGCCUGAGGAUGAGUUAAAUUUUAAAGGAGUUACUAUGGACCAAGCAGACCUUGAAAUGAAUCCACCAGCGGAUAGGUGGAAUUGGGUUGCCAUAGUAUUUUUAUUACAUGGAAUUGGUAGCUUGAUGCCGUGGAAUAUGUUCAUUACUGCCAAACUUUACUUCACUGACCACAAGUUUUCAACGAAUUACACAGGCUACAAUUCGAACUACGCCACGGAUUAUGAAACUUAUUCACCAGUUGCUGCACAAGUUCCAAAUUUAAUUUUCAAUUGGUUGACUCUAUUUAUUCAACUAGGGGACAAUUUAACAGCACGAAUUGUAUGGGGACUCUUGAUACAAGUCGCAAUGUUUGUGCUGACAGUCAUUUUAGCAAUGACAGAUAGCUCUGCCUGGCCUGGUCUAUUCUUUUGGAUUACCAUGAUCUCUAUUGUUGCUUUGAACACUGGUAGCGGUAUAUAUCAGAAUUCAGUUUAUGGAAUGGCUGCAAAACUGCCUACCAAGUACACAGGAAUGGUUGUUUUGGGUUCUAAUAUUAGUGGUACUGUUAUUGCUAUAAUUGAUUUAGUAUCCAGUAUGAUGGCUCCGAACAAACGUACCGCAGCAAUAUACUAUUUCAUAACAGCUCUACUAGUUCUUUUGGCUUGUUUUGAUACAUAUUUUGCUUUGCCCUUGAAUAGAUUUUAUCGUCAUCACGAACUGAUAAACCAAAAAGCAGCCAACAGAAAAGCUUUAAAUGAUAGUAUAAGAGGACAGACUUCGAGACCACCGUACUGGGAAAUAUUUAAAAAAUGUUGUCCACAAUGCUUCAAUGUGUUCUUUGUCUUCUUUGUUACACUCUCAAUAUUUCCUCGUGUCCAAUCUGACAUUAAACCGAAUUCAGACGAUUUCAUCAUCGGAAAGACAUAUUAUAUGAACAUCAUGUGUUUCAUGACAUUCAAUGUAACGGCAAUGAUUGGGAGCUUGAUCGCUUCAAUUUUGCAAUGGCCCUGGAGGAAAUACCUUGUCAUUCCUAUUCUUCUCAGAGUGCUAUACAUACCGCUAUUUUUAUUAUGCAACUACCAGCUUGAGUCAGCUGUCAGGACAAUCCCAGUUUUAAUUAAUGAUGAUACAGCUUAUUGGUUGAUAGCCAUGACAAUGGGGCUAACCAGCGGCUAUUUUUCAUCAGCUGCUAUGAUGCACUGUCCAAGAACGGUAGAGUCCCAGCAUCAAGCAACUGCAGGUAUGUUUGGUGCUGCAUUUCUAAUAACUGGUAUUGUCGCAGGUCUCUUAUUUGCAGGAGUAAUGCCUUCGAUAGUUUCCAGUUCAAUUUUUCAGUAAACUUUUUACAUACAAUUGAAUUCUAUCGAUUUUUCGGUGAUGUAUAGUCUUCUUACGGAAGUACCAAAUGUACAAUACAGUCAAACAGAUGUAAAGACAGAAAUAUCAUAUAACGAAGGUUUGAAAGUGCUACUGAUAUUCGUGGACUUGAAUUUAGUUGAAACAGUAUUCCCUUUGAAUAGAAAAUCCUUUAAAAGAUCAUUAAUCUCAAUACGAAAGCAUAAUUAUUGACGUCUUUAAGGAGAUUCCCAGUGUUAAAUAGUUUUUACGAAUCGCAUCGUUUAAACGAUGUUAAUUAACUACUGCUCAUUUUGAUCGUAAAUAAAUUCUCUACUAAUCAACAAAGUUACAUUUUGUAUUUGUCUUCUCAGUUGAUCAAGAAACAUGAUUAGUAAAAUCAUUAUAAGUGAUGAAUAGUAAUUCAAUGCUUUAAUAAAAACAAAACAACUCAAAAACAUAAACACUCCAGCGUUAUCCAAAAUAUUAUUUUGUAGAUUUGUAGAGAAUUCAUUUAUGAACAAAAUGAGCCGUAGUUUAUAAAAAUCGACCAAACCAUGCGACUAGAAUGAAUGAGAAUAGAAUCUCUCAAAAAUCAUUAAUAAUUAUUCUAUUGUAACUGAACUUCACGGGUUUAAAAUUUUUUUCUGUCUUGAGGUAUAUUGUUUCAACUAAAUAUAACUCGAUUGACUUCGGUUUUAUUUUUGAACCAUCGUUAUAUUAUAUUUCUGUCUAUACAGCUUCUUGACUGGACUGUUCGUUUAAUACAUCCUUUAGAGUGGAAUACUUCCAAUGCGAUUCACA